UGAGAAAGAUUCUCACAAAAGAUCGAUGGACGUCACGGCCAAAACCUCUUCGUCGACGGAACCACAUCGCACAACAAUAGAAGUGUCACUUCUCUGCCCAGUGGAAGUAAGAUAGAUGGGUUGAUCUCAUAUCCUCUUUUAUCAACAUGAAGCAAUCGGAGCCCUCCUGUUCUAAAGAGGCACAGUACCGGCACCAGUAAGAGCAAUCCAUCAAAUCAAGAAUCCAGAAUCGAAUAUAGUUUCAUCCAAAACCAUGAACAUCCUGCUAAACUGCAUCUGCAGCCUCUUCCUGCUUCCCUAUGGAAUCGUAUGUGGCCUUUUUGGAAUCAAGAAUUUGUUGGAUCCUUGGUUCACAGAUAAACUAUGGGGACCUUCGGCUCCUUCCCAAUUAAAUCCACGCAUGUUUCUCUAUGAAAUGAAUGGUGUUAUGUCGGAUAUCAUGGGCAUCCCGCGAUAUUCCAAGGUGGAAGGGAUCAUUCUUCUCUGUGGAGCCCUGGGAGCUCUGGCCAGUUGGAUCACGAUUUCUCCGACACUGUUUUACUGCUGCAAUUAUCUGUUACUAUUGAGUGCACUGUCCUUCCUAUUGAUCAUUCCAUACUCCUUCUUCACACGGCAAGCAGAAAUUACUCCCGUCAUACUGUCGUGUUUACUCAUCUGCCUCAUCACCACGGCAAUUCGAGCUAUCAUUAUUGCAGAGGAUCCAUACGAUACAGCGCCCUAUGCUACCUAUUUGGGAUAUUUUGGACUCUCGAUUCUGGCAUUGGCAGUGGUGCAAACAUGCAUCAUGUCCAGAAAUGCUUCCAGAGUCGAAGAAUCCAUUGUGAAGUUCCAUCACAUCAAGGAUCAUUUCUUGGGAAAUGGAAUGAUAUGGACCAGUGGGAAAGAAUUCCCAGCUGGAUAUCUAGAUGACAAUGCACUGCUGUCGCAAAAGGCGUAAUCUCCAUUCCUUCCGAUAGAUAGACGAAGAUUCGCUCUCUUGGCGGAUUCUACCACAGAAAAGUUUUUAGGUCUCAGCAUUUCAAUUUUGACAUACGAAGCAAGUUUUACUGAAAACCUCAACAAGCUACUGGUGCCAAAUUAACUGCAUUGCUUUGCCUUGCAAUCAGAAGCUCUCUUAGAAAGAAAAUAUAAAGAUUCCAUUGAAUCCACUCUCCUGUUUAGACAAUUGCAUAGAUACAUCUGGUCCUGUACCUUCUUGGAACCAUCCACCACCAGUAACUGAUUGAUUGCCUCGAAUUGGUGGUUGCCGAACGCGAAGUGC